AUGAAUAGUGUAUUUUAUUUGCUGAUUGAAAUCAUUUACUUGAUUUUCGUGCAUCUACUUCGUGAGACAUUUGGUAUAAAAUACUGCAUGGCAUAAUUUAAUAUACGAUUGCUUAAGUUGUAAGUUUAUUAUUAUGUUUACAUUAACCUCAAUGAUUGUUGUCAUUUUAUUUCUGAAUAAGAUUAACUGAUUGUAGUGAUCAGUGUGAAAGAAUUUAUUAUUUGAAUUUACUUACGGUAAGUGUAUCUAAUAAUAAAUUGCACUUCUUAUUCAUAAUGAUAUUUUAUGCAGAAUAUUCUAAUAAUUACCAUAACCUAUUUUCACUGUUCAGUUUUUCUGAUUUUAUCAAGUUUGUAGCAAUAUAGAAAGUUGAAACAUUUUUAUACUUUUUAUGUUACCCAAUAUAGAAAGUUGAAACAUUUUUAUAAUUUUUAUGUUACCUAGGCUACUUGAUUAUGAAUCCCGAUAUUCAGAAAAAGAUUUUCAAGUUCGAAAUGUUUGUCAAUGAUGUGUUGAAAGAGGAUCUUGCACAGUUAGAACAAAAACUGGAUGCUAAAAAUGCGGAUGUUGCAGAAUUUCUUCAGUUGAAAGCUAUGAUAACUACCUUUAAAAAUAAUGGCCUUGAUAAAAGUGGCUUUAAAACUCAAGUAGAUAUCGGACAAAAUUUCUUUAUAGAAGCACAAGUUUCAGAUGCUUCUACAAUUCUGUUGGAUAUUGGUUUAGGACAUUAUAUGGAACUUUCUAUAGACGAUGCUAUGGUUGUUAUAAACGUUCGAGUUAAACUUCUGGAACAACAGAUUAAACACUUUCGUAAGGAAAUUGCCAAAACAAAUGCUCACAUCAAAUUAAUUCUCCUGGGCAUUAGGGAGUUGCAAGGAUUUGAUGACAAAGUGUAAUUUUGUAAUUUUUUUUAUAUGUACAUAUUUCUCUGCUAAAUUUUGUACGUAUGUAUUAGAGCUUUCAAUAAAUGUUAAAUGACAUUGAAA